AUGUUUACAGAGAAGGAGACGGACGCCGCGGUCUCGAUGCUGACCCUCCAGUCCAACGUCAACAACACCGGCAAUACCGGCGCCGCCGUUCGCGAUAACGAGUGCGAGGAGGAGGUGCUGCCCGACGCCUAUGUGGACGACUUGGACGCGCCGGUAGUGACGGUAACCGUGAGCCCAACGGGUGAUCAUAACUACUAUCAACGGAAUAGCGCGCUCUUAGAGGGCCAGCAGAUCUAUCACGUGAUACAAGUGACGGGACAACAGCAGCCUCAGCAACAGCCCACUGUCACCGACCAUAACCUCAGGAGUGCGGCCACUGGUGGCAGUAAUCGACGCAAAGUCCAGGCGCCCAGAGGUGGCCUCAAACGGGCGGCGCCGGUAGUCGCCGACGAUAACGACUCGAACGACGAGGGUAUGCGAGGGGCGGAGGCGUUGUUGAAGUUGGCGGCGGCCAGUAAUGCGAGUAACGCCAAACAUCAGACCCUACCGGCGCCGCCAGUGUCCCAACAGCCGGCGCCCCCGCACGAGAGGCCAAUCAUAUUGAAAAAGUGUAAAAAAGAGUAGAGAUCUUGACAUUGAAUUUAAGACUCAAUCGCGUGGU